CACGGGCUUAAACCACCCAAAAGGUGCAGAGCAUCUUCUUCAUCAUAUUCAUCCCAGAGCUUUUCAAGACUCCAUUUUUAUUUUCAUUUCUAGAGCUUACCCGUAUAAUAAUACCCCGCAUCUCUUUUCUUUUACCAGUAGUAAACAAUAAUCGGUUAUUGGUGUAAAAGUCUCGGCCAUGUCAGGGAAAAGCUCGCGUCCGGUGAUCGGGAAAUUGGCCGGAAUACCGCUUUCCGGCAAACGAGAGCCUGUUGUGGAUGGAUCGAUCAGCCCCAGAAGUCCUCUGGACUUGAAAUCGCCCAGGGGUCCGAAAAGUUACGAUCUUGGCGCUGUUGGGCUCGCCAUAGUCGCUGCCCUGGAGAAUUCUCGUCACAAAGAAGGUGAAUUCCUGGCUUACCGGCCCGUUUGUUACCGGAAGAAUUCGAACCCAAUUCCGGUCUGUUCCGGCCGGAGCUCGGGCAGACCUGCCGGAGAAUUCGACCAAACGGACAUGGAAAGCUCAGAGGAUGAAGAAGACGAAGAGUACACCCUGGUCACCUGCCAUGGGCCCGACAACAAAUCCUACACGAGAGUGUACUUCGACAGGGGCGUGAUCGGAAGCCAGAGAUCUCGCCGGCCAACCGUGUUCGUGGUUUCUCCGGCGAAAGCCGGUGGUCUUCCGGGACGCUCAGAUUCCGGCGGCUUUCUCAGUUCGUGCGACAUGUGCCACAAAAGCCUGCAAGGAAAAGAUAUAUUCAUGUACAGGGGGGAGAAGGCAUUUUGCAGCUGGGAGUGUAGAAACAGAGAGAUUUUGAGUGAGGAUUACAGCGAGAAGAAGAAAUGGGGCUCGGAGAUUCCGAGGUCUGCAGAUGUUUCCGGCACCAAGUUCCAUGGCCAGAUGUUCUCAAAAGGCAUUCUGGCGGUCUGAUCUGCGGGGGGUUUAUCAAAUAAAAAUCGAAAUAAAGUUUGUAGCGAUAUGAUAUUAUUAGUGUAUCAUAUAGUGUUGAUGAGUGUUUAUAAGGAACUAAGGAUUAUUAUUGUUAAUGGAUUAGCAGUAGAUUUUUAUGGGAUAUAUAUAAUCAAAAUAAUCUUUGUAAAAAAAGGGAAUUGAUGUUUAUGAACUGUCAAUGAAGUUUUGAUCUGUCU